AGUCCAGAGGACCCAAAGAGCCGUGGGCCGAGAAAGCAAGGCAGAGGGAGCGAUCAUGGCUGGGGCAAAUAUCAACUGGAGACGGGAGGAGAACGCCAGUGCACACCACACCAACCAGUACCCUGGCUCAGAGCUGGUGGUGCGGCGAGGACAAGGCUUCACCAUCACCCUGCCCUUCAACAGAGGCAACGAGAGCAUCACCUUCACUGCACAUACAGGGUCGACCGCUGCUCUGCAGGCACAGACGCAGGUGGAGUUUGGCGUCUCCAGCACUCCAAGCAGUGGAUCGUGGAGCGCAGUCCAGGUCUCAGCCACUUCGGGCUCCAUGACCAUCACCAUUUCCAGCCCAGCAAAGGCCGCCAUCGGGCGCUACCGUCUGGGCCACAAGCGCACCAGCGCCAGCAGCACCCACCUGGGCACUUUCGUCAUGGUCUUUAACCCGUGGCUGUCAGGUGAUGACGUGUUCAUGGCCAACAACGCGGAGCGUGAGGAAUACGUUCUCUCAGAGUUCGGCGUGGUCUUUGUGGGCAGUGCAAACCGUAUCUCUCAUUUUGGAUGGAACUUUGGCCAGUUUCAAGACGACAUUCUGAAUAUCUGCCUUUCCAUACUGGAUCGGAGCUUGAACCACCGCAAGGACUCAGCUGGCGACUUGCGUCGCCGAAAUGACCCUAAAUAUGUUGGCCGGGUGCUCAGCGCCAUGGUCAACAGCAAUGAUGACAAUGGCGUGCUGCAGGGCAACUGGAGCGGCAGUUACAGUGGUGGGGAAAACCCCAGCAGCUGGACCGGCAGCGUGGACAUCUUGCGGAAGUGGAAGCAGUCCGGAUUCAAGCCGGUCCGGUAUGGGCAGUGCUGGGUCUUUGCAGGAGUCCUGACUGCAGUCCUCCGAUGCCUUGGGAUUCCCACCCGCAUGAUCUCCAACUUCAACUCUGCCCAUGACACAAACAAGAACCUGACCGUGGAUGUCUACUACGAUCCCUCAGGGAACCCUCUGCAGAUGUCCGGAGACAGCGUCUGGAACUUCCACGUCUGGAAUGAAAGCUGGUUUGCCCGCAAUGACCUUGGCUCCACGUUCAACGGGUGGCAAAUUUUGGAUUCAACUCCACAAGAAAGAAGUACAGGCAUAUUCCAGUGCGGCCCGGCUUCACUGACAGCCAUCAAAGAGGGAGAUGUGGACCUGGAGUACGACACCCCGUUCGUCUUUGCGGAGGUCAAUGCUGACCGGAGGACCUGGAUGCACGACCCCGCAACAGGACAGAAGAAGAUUAUCUACUCUGAAACCAAGUCCGUUGGCCAGUUCACCAGCACAAAGGCCGUGGGCAGCUACGCUCGCCAAGAUGUCACUAGCGAUUACAAGUAUGCCGAAGGCUCUGAGAAGGAAAGGGUCGUGUUUCAAAAGGCUCGUGCAAAGCUCCAUCUGAAUGAGCUGAGUGGCACAGCAGCCAAUCAGCCCACAGCGGAAAAGCCCAAAGUCUCUGGGAAGUUCAAAGUGGAGCAGCCCCCAGAGGUCGGCCAGGACGUCAACUUGGUCUUGCUGCUGACCAACCUGGCUUCUGCCGCCAAGAGCCUGAAGGCAAAUAUGACGGCCUGGUCCAUCGUCUACACCGGAAAGCCCAUCCACGAGGUCUGGAAGGACUCCCUCUCAGUGACUCUUGGCCCCAAAGAAGAAAAAGCAUUUCCUAUCAAGAUCUCGUAUGAGGAGUACCAGCAACACCUGACUGCAGAUAACAUGAUUCGAGCGACUGCCUUCUGCCAGAUAGAAGAGGGCAGUGAAGCAGUGGUGGAAAGAGACAUCACCCUGGACAACCCCACGGUCACCCUGAAGGUGCUGGGGCAGGCGAAGCUGGGCCAGGCAGUGAAAGUGGAGGUGGCCUUCACCAACCCCCUGGACAAAGAGGUGAAGGACUGCGUGGUGCUGGCGGAAGGCAGCGACUUGCUGGCCAACAAACUCAGGAUAGAGGCGCCGCCGCUGCAGGCCAAGCAGAGCUCCCGCGUCCACUUCGAGAUCACCCCCAGCAAGAGCGGGACCAAGCAGCUCCUCAUCAAUUUCUCCUGUGACAAAAUCCCAGACAUCAAAACCUUCGCGACCAUCAAGGUGGCCGACUGAUUCCGGAGCCCCGCCCGAGGCGACGUCCGCCCAGCAGCCGGAGCGGG